AUGGCCAUGCCAGGCCGGGAGAUCCCUGCGCCGCAACCCGCGAACGGGCAUGUUGUGGACGACGGGUUUAAGCUCGGCAACUUCCCGAUUGAUGAAUACAAGCCUCUAAAGGUCGUCUGCAUCGGCGCUGGUUUCAGUGGGAUCAUCGCAGGGAUACGGUUCCCUCAACGGAUACCUAAUGUCGAGCUGACGAUCUACGAUAAGAACUCGGGCAUAGGAGGGACGUGGGUCACCAACAAAUAUCCUGGCUUAGCAUGUGAUAUUCCUGCCCACUGCUACCAACUCACUUUCGAGCCGAAGACCGACUGGUCGGCCUUCUACGCGCCCGGGCCCGAGAUAUGCUCGUACCUGCAGUCCGUCGUCGACAAGUACAAGCUCAUGCGCUACAUCAAGCUCCAGCACCGCGUCGUGCACGCCCGGUACGACGAGCCCACCGGGAAGUGGCACCUCCGCAUCCGGCGGCCUGUCCACCCCGGCGCCGCGCCCACCUCCCAGCCUCCGCCCAACGUCACCUUGGAGUCUCUGCCCGACGAGGGCGAGGCGUACGAGGAGUUCGAUGACACGGCGGACCUGCUGUUCACGGGCGUGGGGAGCCUGAGCAGGUGGAAGUGGCCGGAGAUCGACGGGCUGGAGGACUUCGAGGGCAAGCUGUUCCAUACGGCGGACUUCGAGGUCGGGGACGGGGAUAAGGCGUGGCAGGAGGCUAUACAUGACUGGAAGGACAAGCGCGUCGGCGUCAUCGGUGUGGGCUCGAGUGCGAUUCAGAUCGUCCCGGCGCUCCAGUCAAGGGUGAAGAAGAUCGUGAACUUCGUGCGCGGGAAGACGUGGAUCUCGACGCCCUACGCGGGCGCAAAGAUGGUGGAGCUCAUGCAGCUGGAACCUGAGGCCGAGAACUACGUGUUCUCGGAGGAAGACAAAGAGCGUCUUGAGGACCCAGAGUACUACAAGCAAUUCAGGCACGAACUGGAAUCUGAUGUCAACAGCGUGCAUCCAUCGACACUCAAAGAUAGCGAUGCACAACGCGCCGUACGCGCAGCCUUCCACGCUCAUAUGAAGAAGAGACUCGCCAAGAAGCCAUGGAUCGCCGACUUCCUGAUCCCAGAGUUCGGUGUUGCAUGCAGGCGAUUGACACCGGGGCCUGGCUACUUGGAAGCCUUGUGCGCGGACAACGUCGACUUCCAACCCACCCACAUAAAGGGCGUCACCAACAAAGGCAUCGAGCUCGUCGACGGCACGCACGAGGACCUCGACAUCAUCAUCUGCGCCACGGGCUAUGAUUAUUCCUUCCAGCUCGAUUUCCCCGUGGUUGGCCGGAACGGCGUCACGAUCCAGGAGAAGUGGUCCCCGCAUCCGUCGACGUACCUCGCCGUCUGCACGGACGGCUUCCCGAACUGGUUCAUGAGUCUCGGACCGAAUAGUGCGCCGGGCAGUGGCGCGCUUUUGGUGCUGAUUGAGAGACAGGUGGACUACGCGGUCGCGGCGGCGAAGAAGAUGCAGCGAGAGAGGCUGAAGAGUAUUGAGGCGGCGAAGGAGGCUGUCGCGGAUUUUGACGAGUACUUAGAGAGUUACUUCCCGAAUACAGUAUACAGCGAGAAGUGCAGGUCAUGGUACAAGUUGGGGAAGGAACAGGGCAGGGUUGUCGCCCUAUGGCCGGGUUCGUCCCUUCACGCCGUCCGAGCCUUCGAACAACCGAGAUGGGAAGAUUUCCGGUACGAGCUUCCGGAAGGCGUGAAGAACCGUAUGCACUGGCUCGGGGAUGGACAGACGUAUAACGAGAAGACCAUGACGGGCGAUCGGGCGUGGUAUCUGAACGACGAUGAGGUCGAUAUUCCACCUGACAUCGCCGGCAGCGGAGCUGGCAGCGACGAGCAAGGCAACAGCGGUAGAUGGGUAGAAUUGCAUUACGAGAUGGUUGGACUGCUCGGCAAGGCUGGGAUGGGGAGGCUAAUCGUUGCUCUGUCUCACCAGAAGUAG